AAGAUCAUAUGAUUGUUCAAUGAAGAAGCACGUCUGAUAGGCGUCGACAUACUUCUUCGAGCCAGUUUUUAAUUUUCUGGCUCAUCAUCGGUUGUUUUACGUGUUAGUGGUGUUAAAUAAUAACCAUCAGCCAUGGCGCUAAGCGACGCAGAUGUUCAAAAACAGAUCAAGCAUAUGAUGGCCUUCAUCGAACAAGAGGCCAAUGAAAAGGCCGAAGAAAUCGAUGCAAAGGCCGAAGAAGAAUUCAACAUUGAGAAGGGUCGCCUUGUGCAGCAACAGCGACUGAAGAUCAUGGAAUACUACGAGAAGAAGGAGAAGCAAGUUGAACUGCAAAAAAAGAUCAAUUCAUCGAACAUGCUGAACCAGGCCCGUCUUAAGGUGCUCAAAGUGCGUGAGGAUCAUGUCCGCACAGUACUGGACGAGGCCCGUAAGCGCCUGGCCGAGGUGCCAAAGGACUCCAAGAUGUACGCAGACCUGCUCGUCACACUCAUUGUGCAGGCUCUGUUCCAGCUGGUUGAACCGACCGUGACGCUGCGAGUCAGGCAGGCUGACAAGGCCGUGGUUGAGUCCAUCCUUGGCCGUGCUCAGAGUGAUUACAAGGAGAAGAUCAAGAAGGAUGUGCAGCUCAAGAUCGACACGGAGAACUAUCUGCCCGCUGAAACCUGCGGUGGCAUUGAGCUCAUAGCCGCUAAGGGACGCAUCAAGAUUUGCAACACCCUGGAGUCGCGGCUGGAGCUGAUCGCCCAGCAGCUGCUGCCGGAGAUCCGUACCGCGCUCUUCGGUCGCAACCCUAACCGUAAAUUCACCGACUAAGGUGCAAACUUUCCCUAACUAUUUAAACUUAUAGUAGACAUUAAAUACUACUAAGUGUUUUUUCCUUUUGCCUAAUUAUAUAUAAAAUGCGUACAAUUUUAUCGCUCUUUUUAGCUAUAUUAAUGAAUGAACUAUUGAGUUAUGUAUUUAAAACUGUAAAUGUGUGAACAUGCAAGUUAUCUGACCUGGUUCUUCGCCCACUUUACACUCGAAAUAUCCUACAGUACAUUAGUUUCGCCUUUUAAUAUCAUAUAUUUAAUAUUUAAAAUAUUUUAAUUAAUACAAUUCAUUCGUGUAGACCCCUAUAUACUUAAAGGGGUAGUAGUAUAGGUUAUAUUCAUAAAAAUUGUCAUUAUAUACUAUAAUGUUUCAAUAUAUAAAUGUUACCUAAUGUUUUAGCACUAUAUAAAAUGUGUAUUUAAAAUUUAAUCAAAUCUUCCAGUUAUGAAAUAGAUUUCUGAUGGCGUUUUAAAGGAAUUAUUUUGUGUUGUAAGAUUUUAGAAUGACUGCAGCAUCCUAUGCUCUGUUCACUCAAAUCGAGAUAAAGAUUUGGCUGUGCGGAGUGUAGAGUCAGCUGACAUCUUACAGCAAUGAAUACAUUCCUUGUCCUGGCAUUACUAUCUUGCGGCUUAUAUAAUGGCUAUGUAUAACACAAUGUACAAUCCCCAUUAUGGCACUGUUAAAAUUCUUAUGUAAAUAUAUAGAUGUGUU